GAUAUUUAAUGAUUUUGAUUGUCCACAUCUUUUCCCACUUCUCGAGUGGGAUGGGACGUACAUAUUUUGAUGCUCUCUCAAGUGUCACGCUAGACGUCAGGGCAAGCUGAAACCGAAGAAUGCCCAAAUCAAGGCGUUGACAGAUGCCUCGUCGUUCGUUCUUCUGCGAGAGACCGUUCGCCUGUCUGUCUCAGGUGGGCGAUAGUGUGUUUUGCAUCUGCAGAUUAAACUACCCAUCCCCACGAGCGAUGGAGCCAAUCUUCUACACAGCACCCCGGCGUUGGUGCUGAGGCCAGAUCUGAUAAAAAGCUGCCAUGUCGGCUUUGUUUUGGACAUCCAAAUGCCAGAGCGGAUAGCAUAGUCAAUUUCACUCAGGCUUCGCCUAAAGCCAUGACGACGACCACUUUCGGCCAACCUGGCAGAAUCCUUCGGGUUGGAGUCAUUGGAUGCGGAGAAGUCUCCCAGGUCGUACAUAUCCCCAACCUGAUCCUCCUCUCCGACUACUUCCGAAUCACCUACAUCUGCGACAUCUCCUUCUCGACAAUCACACACUGCAAGACCAAAUUCGCUAGCCACGACUUCCGCAUCACCACCAACGCGGAGGAAGUGUGUUCGUCGAAGAACGUCGACGUCGUGUUCAUAUGCAGCAGCGACGAGUACCAUGUGCCGCACGUCGUCGCGGGCCUUCGGCAUGGCAAGUUUGUGUUUGUUGAGAAGCCCAUGGCGCUGUGUCUGCGGGACGUGGAUUUGAUCCUUGAGGCGGAGGAUAUGUCGCCAGGGGGCAGGGUGAUGGUGGGAUACAUGCGUCGAUAUGCGAGUGUGUUCAUGGAUGCGGUGAGGGAGAUCGGGUCCCUGGGCGAGGUUUGCUACGGUCGGGUGCGGGAUAUCGUGGGUCAGAAUUCGACGUUUGUCGCGCAGUCUGGGACGUUUCCGAAACGAUUCGGCGAUUGGGAUCCGAGGAACGUGAGAGCCAUGAAGGAUAUCAUGGAAGAUAUAUUCGAGCAGGCGCUGAGGAAUGAGCUGGAGCUGCCCGUCACGCCGCAGCUGAUGACGAUGUGGAGACACCUGGGAAGUUUGGGAUCGCAUGAUCUAAGUGCCAUGAGAGAAGCAUUCGGGGGGAUGCCCUUGACGGUUCUAGGGGCUUCAUUAUGUCCAGCGGCGGGCCCGCCUUUCUGGAAUGCAAUAUUUCAAUAUCCAAAUUUCACCGUUUCUUACGAAUCCGGCAUCGAUCACGUCCCACGCUUCGACGCCAGCAUAGAGAUAUUCGGGAAAUGCAAAACCAUCAAGGUCUGCUACGACACCCCAUACAUCAAGGGCCUCCCCGUGACCAUGCAGAUCAAGGAAGCGCUACCGGACGGUUCGUACCGCGAAUCCACGGUCCGCAAAACCUACGAAGAUCCGUACGUGUUGGAGAUGAAGGAGCUGUAUGAAUGCGUUGUUUAUGAGAAGGAAGUCAAAACGAGCGCUUUGGAUGCGAGAAGGGAGAUUGAGAUGUUCGGAAUGGUCCUUAAAGCUGCUGUUCAAGCGCAGGAUCAGAUGAAAAAUAUAGCUCAAACAGGAGUUUGA